GUUUGCCGAAAGUUUUCGAGUUUCUUUUUUUUGGAACCAACUAGGCCCGAAAUUUCUAGUCAAAAUUUAUCAAUGAAUGGGAGAAAUAAGCUCUCCCUUUCGCGGUCCACUCAUCCCAGCAGUUUGAAUUACGCGCCAAAUUGGUUACCUUCUUCCUCUUCUUUAAACGGUUGGCCGGUCAGCUGACGAACAGGUGGAGCAGUGCAGCCCUGGGCCGGAUUUUACACAACAAUAAACAUUCACGAGGAUCUCUCGGCAUUUUGCCCUUUAUUUGGACCAGGAUAAGGACACGGGCAAUGCCCUGAGGCGCUGAGGGAUUGCCAUGCAGGUCCUUGCUCGUCUGGGCCGCCUAGUGCGCUACGCGGUGGCCUACGCUGCCGUGACACACUGCACCUUCGAGUACAUCGGUGACUUUGUCCUGUGCAAGGGACCCUCUAUGGAGCCCACUCUAUACUCGGACAAUGUUCUGCUCACCGAACGCCUGUCGAAGCACUGGCGGACCUACCGUCCCGGCGACAUCAUCAUUGCCAUUUCACCGAUCAACGCCGGCCAGUAUAUUUGCAAGCGGAUCGUAGCCGUUUCCGGGGACCCGGUGCUCACCCAGAAGCCGCAUCCCAUCGAGAACGAGUUAAGUGCUGAGAGUGGCGCCGGAGGCGAUGGAGCCGUCGGCAAGCCAAAGCCCUUAAUGGUGAGAGACUAUGUGCCGCGUGGCUACGUUUGGAUUGAAGGCGACAACAAGGCCAAUAGCUCCGACUCCCGCUACUAUGGACCCAUACCCAUCGGCCUCAUCCGCAGCCGCGUGCUCUGCCGCAUCUGGCCGCUCUCCGAGCUCACCGGUCUCUAGGAAUGGUUGUUAAUCUUUUAUUUUCCCAAGCUUUAACUUGGUCUUACCCAGUGUUGAGCUGCCUGACCAGGUCCUUUGGUUGGGGAACUGCUGUAGGAUCAUCUUAGAUCAUGUAGAUGCUGUGCGAUGUUGGAUUUAUUUGAUGGAAUAAAGCUGGUAAAGCUUCCAAAGGAACUGCCGAUACAUAUUUAUCAUACAUUUUUUUUUUCGAUUUCUUAAAUAAAGCAAUUAGAUUUUAACUGU